AUGGCACAAACGGUCGAAGUGACCAACGGAAAGGAUGAGACCUCCCCUGGAAUGCAUACCAUCAACUGGCUGGCCAUGAACGAGUUUCCAUCCACAUGGAGCAAGAACAGUGCCAAUAUCACCGCGUACAUGCCCACAUUCAAAACCUGGGCGUGCAAGGCCAUCAUGGAGACCAUUGCUCCCAGCUAUAAGUACAAUGAUGCAAAUGGUACCUGCGACGUCUAUGGGCCUAAUCAAGUAGAUUCCAAUAGAGAUGGGCGCAUCUUCCACAGACUUUCUCUUCCAUCUCUGGGCGCCUUGGAAGAGAUAUCUCGAGGGAAACCAGCAGAGGCCUCUCUACAUGAGAGAUCCUAUGCCCCCGAAUACGCCAAUGACGACUCGAACACAACCAUGUACCACAGCGCCAAUGGCAUUGCUCGUACAUGGUGGAUGUUGGAUCUGCUGCAGCAGUGGAAGGUGUACGCAGUUGAAAUCUUACCCAGGAACGAUUACCUACCAGCUGUUGGGAGAUUCCACGACAUAGAGGUUCGCGUUGGCACCACAUCAAGAAACGGCGAAGACUUUUCCGCCUGGACUUUGCACGGGCAGUAUGUAGGCCCUUACACGGUAGCCCAAGGACGCCUCAGGUUUAUGAAGAGCGGAGGCAGUUCUGGCAGGUACCUCGUCAUCCAGAAGGUGUCCAGCGAUACUGAUCAACUUCAGAUAGUUGACGUCAGGGUGUAUGCAGAACUCAUUCAGUAG